AGUCGCCGGGACAAGAGCCAUUCUGCUCUUCGUCUUCUUCUCCAAACCAUGUCGCCAGCUGUUCGAACGUAGAAACACAAAUUCAAAUGCAUUAUUCUUAUUAGUUUUAAUUUCCUUUGAAAUUUCUUAUCUGAUCUCUUCCCGGCCACCAUUAUCAGAGCCGCUUCGCCUCAAUCAGAUGGAUGAAACUGAGGGGUGCUGUUCAACUCAACUCAUUGAUGGGGAUGGUAACUUCAAUGUUGCUGGAAUUGAAAAUUUCAUGAAAGAAGUUAGGCUAGCAGAAUUUGGACUUUCAUACGUUGUAGUAUCAAUAAUGGGUCCACAGAGUAGUGGAAAGAGUACAUUGUUAAACCAUCUAUUUCAUACAAAUUUUCAAGAGAUGGAUGCUUUUAGGGGAAGGUCCCAAACAACAAAAGGAAUUUGGAUGGCUCGUUGUGUUGGGAUUGAGCCUUGCACACUUGUCAUGGAUUUAGAAGGCACUGAUGGAAGAGAGCGUGGAGAGGAUGAUACAGCAUUUGAGAAGCAAAGCUCCUUGUUUGCCCUUGCUGUUUCUGAUAUUGUUCUAAUUAACAUGUGGUGUCAUGAUAUUGGCCGUGAGCAAGCAGCAAACAAGCCUCUACUGAAAACAGUUUUCCAGGUCAUGAUGCGUUUAUUUAGUCCUCGCAAAACAACUUUGAUGUUUGUUAUACGCGAUAAAACAAGGACACCUCUUGAAAAUUUGGAGCCUGUUUUGAGGGAAGAUAUUCAGAAGAUAUGGGAUUCUGUCCCAAAGCCACAAACUCACACUGAGACUCCUCUAAGUGAAUUUUUUAAUGUUGAGGUUGUGGCUCUUAAUAGUUUUGAAGAGAAAGAAGAACAAUUCAAAGAGCAGGUGGCUAGUCUAAGACAGAGAUUUGUCCACUCUAUUGAACCGGGUGGGCUUGCUGGAGAUAGGCGGGCAGUUGUUCCUGCUUCUGGUUUUUCAUUUAGUGCACAGCAGAUGUGGAAAAUCAUCAAGGAAAACAAGGAUCUUGAUCUUCCAGCACACAAGGUCAUGGUAGCCACUGUACGGUGUGAAGAAAUUUCAAAUGAAAAAUAUGCCGCUUUUACUGCAAAUGAGGAAUGGUGUCAAGUAGAGAAGGCAGUCCAAUCUCAUGCUGUGCCAGGAUUUGGGAAGAUUCUCAGUUCAAUACUGGAUGUUUGCCUGUCUGAAUAUGAUGCUGAGGCGACAUUUUUUGAUGAAGGUGUAAGAGUGGCUAAAAGAAAACAGUUGGAACAGAAACUGCUGCAGCUUGUCCAACCAUCUCACCAAUCCAUGCUGGGACACAUACGAUCCGAAGAUUUGGAAAGAUUCAAAGAAAUAUUUGGCAGUGCAUUGAGUGGAGGGAAAGCCUUUGCUGAAGCUGCUUCGGAGUGCAGUGAGUCUUGUUUGGUGCAAUUUGAUGAAAGAUGCAAAGAUGCUUCCAUUGACCAAGCUAAUUGGGACUCAUCUAAAGUAAAAGAUAAGUUCCGGCGUGAUGUAGAUGCACAUAUUGUUGCAGUCCGUGCUGCCAAGCUCGCUGAACUGACAACCUUUUAUGAGAAAAAACUGAAUGAGGCAUUGUCUGGACCUGUUGAGUCUCUAUUGGAUGGGGCUAAUGAGGACACAUGGCCAGCAAUUAGAAAACUGCUAAGACGUGAAAUAGAAACAGCAAUCCAUGGCAUUUCUGCUGCACUUUCUGGUUUCAAGAUGGAUGAAGAGACUCUGGGGGAUAUACUUUCAAGGUUGAAGGAUUUUGCUAGAGAAGUGGUGGAAACAAAGGCCAAGGAAGAAGCUGGAAGGGUUUUGAUCCGUAUGAAGGAGAGAUUUUCAUCAAUAUUUAGCCAUGACUCUGACUCAAUCCCUAGAGUUUGGACUGGAAAAGAAGACAUCAGGGCAAUUACCAAAUCUGCACGUUUAAAUUCUCUGAAGCUACUCUCAGUCAUGGCUGCGAUCCGGUUGGAUGAUGAAGCUGAUAGCGUUGCAAAAAUCUUGACGCUUGAUCUAUUGGAUGGUAAAUCAGGGGCUGCUGCUAACAAAAGUAUCACAUCAUUUGACCCUCUAGCCUCAAGCACUUGGGAUGGGGUUCAUCCUUCAAAAACAUUGAUCACGCCCGUCCAGUGCAAGACUUUGUGGAGGCAAUUUAAAACUGAGACAGAAUACACAGUCACCCAAGCUAUUUCAGCUCAGGAGGCCAGCAAGAGAAACAAUAACUGGUUGCCGCCUCCAUGGGCAAUUCUUGCCUUGAUUGUUUUGGGAUUCAACGAGUUUAUGACACUUUUAAGAAAUCCUUUCUACUUGCUCUUUAUAUUCAUUGUUUUCCUGCUUUUAAAAGCACUCUGGGUGCAACUAGACAUCGCGGGCGAAUUCCGAAAUGGAGCUCUUCCUGGGAUUAUAUCUAUAUCCACGAAGAUCGUUCCUACAGUCAUGGACUUGGUCAGGCGGCUAGCAGAGGAAGGACAGGGGAGGGGGAGAAGAAAUAGCCCUCAGGCCGAAGGUAAUAUACCCUACAGGAGCUUCAGGAGUGGAGCUGAUCAAGAUCACGUUGGAGACACGUCGUCCAGUUGUUCUUCAUCUGAGGUGGGUUCUCUAGAUACCAAUUCUGAUUUCUCCAGCCCCAGGGCGGAUAAAAAGUUUCAGUAAUCCUGUUUUUUUGGUCAUGGGGUUUCAUUUCAUCCUUGAUCAUCCAAAGCAUGCCAAAUCAAGGAGAUUUCUUCAU